CUCAAAAAUGUCGAUAUUUACACCCACGAACCAGAUCCGGCUGACGAACGUGGCGGUGGUUCGGAUGAAGAAAGGAGGGAAGCGUUUCGAAAUCGCCUGUUACAAAAAUAAAGUUAUGAGCUGGAGAUCAGGAGCAGAGAAAGAUCUGGAUGAAGUCCUGCAGACAAAUUCUGUCUUCGUUAAUGUCUCCAAAGGUCAGGUGGCCAAGAAGGAUGAUUUGACCAAAGCUUUUGGGACAGAUGAUCUGACAGAAAUCUGUAAACAGAUUUUAGCCAAAGGAGAGCUUCAAGUGUCAGACAAGGAGAGGCAGAGUCAGCUGGAGACGAUGUUCAGGGACAUUGCGACUAUUGUGGCAGAGAAGUGUGUGAACCCCGACACCAAGAGGCCGUACACGGUCAGCCUGAUCGAACGGGCCAUGAAGGACAUCCACUACUCCGUCAAGGCCAACAAGAGCACCAAGCAGCAGGCUCUGGAGGUGAUCCGACAGCUGAAGGAGACGAUGGAGAUCCAGAGAGCCCACAUGAGGCUGCGGCUGGUGCUGCCGGCCAAAGAGGGCAAGAGGCUGAAGGAGAAGCUGAAGCCGCUGCUGCAGGUCGUGGAGAGCGAAGACUUUGACGAGGAGCUGGAAAUGGUGUGUCUGGUGGAUCCCGGCUGCUUCAGGGAGAUCGAUGAGCUGAUCCGCUGUGAGACUAAAGGCCGAGGCUCUCUGGAGGUGCUGAGUCUGAAGGAUGUGGAGGAGGGAGAUGAGAAGCUAUAGUCACCAUUCAGUCAACCCUCUGCACCUUGUCCACAUUAACACGCUUCACCGGGACACACAAGCUCCUGUAAAAGACUCUAUUCAUGCUCUGAUUCAAAAGGCAUUCAAAUUGUUCAAAGGAUUAAUCUGACAGAAAAUGGGAGUGGAAUAUAUUUUUGAAAAAUAAUUAAAUUUUAUCAUAUAUCCCUAAACCUAAAGAUCAGUAAACACGUGUGAGCUGUUUCUUCUUUUAUUUAUUCCAUUUUUUAAGUGCGACAAUUAGCAGAGCCUCUGGAAAAUGUUCUUUCUGCGUUCCAUCAGCUUUUGUGUGCCGUGCUGUCGUUCUCAGCAUCCCAAUAUUAUGGAGAAUUACUUUAACCAAAUAAUUUAUAUUUUGUUGUAAUGUAUGCAUUUGCUUUAUGGCAAAUAAAUAAUAAAUAUUACAGAAAAUC